AUGAUGCUGAUCCGGAGUGGCAGCGGUCAGCUGAUGCUGAUGUCUCAGCAGGCUUUUGCUCAGGCUCAACAGGCAGCCAGAACAAGCAAAAGCACAGCCACCGGAAUCCUGGCUCCCCAGACGUCCACGCCAGGUGCCACCGGUCGAAGCAACGAGAAGGUGACAGUGAUCAGAAUGACGGCUCCGGCUCCUCAGACUUUACAACCGGCGGCGCUCCAGAAGCCCAUGGUUAAGGUGAUCGGCGUGACUCCCAAGCCAGCUUCUGUUCAAACGCGCGGCCUGGAGCCUGAACACCGGUCCGUCACCGUGGAAACCAAAAAGGAGCCCCCACCCAUGUUUAGUCAAGAGACACUGGAGAGCGUGAAGAAGUGCAAGAACUUCCUGGUGACGCUGAUGAAGCUGGCGUCCAGCGACUCCAAGUCAGCCAACAUGGCCAACAACGUGCGAGGCCUGGUCAGGCGUCUGCUGGAAGGCAGGAUAGAGGCGGAGGAGUUCACCGAGGCGCUCUAUCGGGAGCUGAAGUCCACACCGCAGCCGUGCUUGGUGCCGUUCCUCAAGAAAAGUCUCCCAGCAGUGCGCCGCCUCACCGCAGACCCUCAGGUAUUCGUCCAGCAGGCCUGCUCCUCCUCCUCCUCCUCCUCCUCCACCCCCUCCCCCUCCCCCCUCUGCGGCCCUGCGGUGAAGAAGCCCAAUGUGAACCCAGCUCCAAAUCCAAGAUCCCUCUAUCUGGCGUCAAGUGGCACAGGCGUGUCGACCCAGGUCAUAGCUUUGACCUCCAAGAACUUGAGAGUCUCCUCGACCCCUAAAGUCAUCCCAGUCCAGAUUGGAAAAAACUUAACAGGUGGGCUCUCUAUGAAGCAAGCAUUUGCUCGAGAGCCUCCGUGCGCCACCAAAGUUGCUUUCAGGGACCAUUCAGCCUCGUACAAAGAAGAUGACGACAUCAACGACGUGGCGUCCAUGGCGGGCGUCAACCUGCGCGAGGAGAAUGCUCAGAUCCUGACUAGCGCGGUGGGCUCGGUCGUGCAGUCGUGCCAGGAUCAGCUCUUCUUGUCUCCUGGCCCCGUGUUGGGCCGGAUCCUGUGCACGGGACGCCCGCUGGGGGUGAGCCAAGUGGGCCCAGAGGCGGUGGCUCUGGUUUCUCACGCCGCCCAAGAGUAUCUCCGCGGCCUCCUCCAGAAGCUCAGCGUGAUGGCGGAGCACCGCAAGAGGGCGCUUAAGGAUGACCCGUGUCAAGCCAAAGUGAGCGACGUCCGCUCGCAGCUGCAUUUCCUGGAGGAGGUGGACACUUUGAGGAAGAAGAGGAAAGAUGAAGAGGAGCGGAACAAGAUGAUGCGCUUGGCCAGGAGUCGCUCACACAGUGAGAAUCCUCUGCAGCAGCAGCUCAAGCAGCGAGCCAAAGAGUUGCAACAAAUGGAACAAGCUCAGCAGCAGAAACGAGAAGCCAACCUCACUGCUCUGGCGGCCAUCGGCCCCAGGAAGAAGAGACCGAUCAGUAACACCGAAGGCCAGGUACAGAUUAUGAGCCAGAGUCUAUGACAGACGGUGUUGCUGGCGCCCAGGCAGGCGGUCCGCCGCGUGAUGCUUCGUGACCUGCUUGUGUGUAUGGAGGAGGACCAGUUCCUGCGACGCUCUCUCACCUUCUACAAAGCCAUGCUCUGACCUCGCCCAGCCAUUUCAAUCAUUAGAACUGGAAUGCAGUGGUGCCCUCUGCCCUGAGAUACGAGUGGAAUUCGUCCCUCAGAACACAUGUAUGGCAAAUUCUCCUUUCAUAAAAAUAAAUAAAAUAAUAAAGCCACCAAGGAUGCCAAACUGCAACAAUGUUGCUCUUGCGUAUGCCAAAAUAUGGUUAGCCUGUCAAUAGCAUUUUGAGCUAGCAUGUUCUCCCCGGGCCCGCGUGGGUUUUCUCCGGGCACUCCGGUUUCCUCCCACAUCCCAAAAACAUGCUUGGUAGGCCGAUUGAACGCUCCAAAUUGUCCCUAGGUGUGAGUGCGAGUGCAAAUGGUUGUUUGUCUCUGUGUGCCCUGCGAUUGGCUGGCAACCGGUUCAGGGUGUCCCCCGCCUACUGCCCGAUGACGGCUGGGAUAGGCUCCAGCACGCCCGCGACCCCAGUGGGGACUAAGCGGUACAGAAAAUGGAUGGAUGGAAACCAAAGCAAAACAACGACCGAGGAAAGGCUUGUUUGAAUUCUGUUAGUCAGUUUAAAUAUACAUAUUGAAAUGAAGUAUUUUGUGUUUGUCAAAUGACUUUUCAAGUUUUUGUGUUCAGAAAAGAAGACCCCAGACAGGUCUAUAAUUAGCAACAAUCCAACAAUUAGCAACAAUGUUGUGUUGAAGCUCUCUUUAUGUUGUUCUCUAUUUCAUUAAAAAAAAAAGAA